AUGCCGCUGCCCUACGAGGUGCAGGAGGCGAAUGGCAGCGCCAAGUUUGACAAGGCGAAACAGACUUUGACCCUGGAACUCCCUGUCGUCCCGAAGAUGCCAGACCCCGAGGCGCUGGCAGCGGCACAGCGCCUCCAAGGUUUGGGCACGCUCACCGGCGAUGGUGAUGGCGACGUAAGUGACCACGAGCAACAGGAGCCGGAGCUUCCUCCGCUAGAGGAGCCCGGCGAUGCGAAGGAGAAGCCCAUAGAGGAGUCAGAGGAUCCUCCGGUGGUUGAGGUGGAAGAGCCCCGGAUGGAAGAGACGGUCCAGGAGCCCAAACGUCCACUCCUUGAGCUGGAUGGCGCAGGCGGCUCCUUGAGACUGGCACAGACAAUGGAG